CCCACACCCACACCAUUUGGUUAGACCCAUACCUUAUCUUUAUUUACACAAAUAUAAAGUUUCUGAUCUCUUAUUUAUUAGAGCCUCAUUCAAGAAAGCUAAUAGUAAUAAUGGCUCCGGUGAAGCUUCCAUGUGAUCUAGAGGAAGAGAUACUCUCUCGGCUUCCACCUCUAUCUCUUGUACGGUCCAGAACCGUAUGUCAACACUGGAACUCUCUUUUACACGACAAGUGUUUCCUCAACAAGCACUUGGCCCGUGUCCGUCCCCAGUUCAUUUUCCUCACCGAAUCCAAGGCCUACUCUAUCAACAUCGAUCUCCGCACAGGAGGAACUGAUCCAACGAUAGAAGUACAUGAGGUACCUUCUGACUUUCCUUAUCAGGCCAUAGACUUGACGCAUACCACCAUCACUUCUUGCGACGGGUUCUUGUUCCGCCACUUUUGGAAACAAGGCGUUGCGUUUUGGAACCCGUGGUUAAGUCAGGUAGGAUGGAUCAAGUACGUCGACAAAAGCUUCCACUUCUGCGGUGUGGGAUACGAUUACGAUAGCAACGUGCCCGAGAAGCGUUACAAGAUCUUAGGGUAUUUAAACUGUCUCCGUGACGUAAGCGACACGUACCAAGUGACUUACAAAAGAGUUGCGGUUUACGAGUGUUCGUCUCGUGCGUUGAAGUUUCUUGAUGCUCCUUUCAAGAACUGGCCCACCAUGGAUCCUUUGUCCUUGAACGGGAAUCUCUAUUGGGUAACUAGUGAUCCCGACACUCAUGAGUGUUUCAUCAGAAGCUUUGAUUUCUCGAGUGAGACGUUCAAAACGUUUUGUCUCCUUCCGUGUCAGAAGAACCAUUCUCGCGACCAACUUGUCCUUGCGGUUUACAAAGGAGAUGGACUUUCAUUGUUGAAGCAAUGCUAUGUAACAGGGGAGAUUAGUGUUUGGGUGACGAAGGAGAAGAUGGAUGAAGAGGAAGUGGUGUGGAUAAGCUUGAUGACUUUGCCAACAAGUAACUUGCCGAAGUUGAUUAAUAAGCUUUGUGGGAUUAGUUACUUCAUCGUUGAGAAGACUCUGAUCAUGUGUUGUGGCGACGAAGAGACUGGAGCUGCUAGCAUCUAUAUUGUGAGGGAGGAUAUGUGCAAGAAGAUCCAAAUAGGUUAUGAAAUUGUUCGGUUUUCUCAUUGUGUUUAUCUUCCUAAUUUUAUAUCGGUUCCUUCAGAAUUUAGAUCGCUGCCUGUUUAAAUUUUGGCUUUGAUUGUUUUAUUACAAAUAUUAAUUCAAUAUAUUUAGCUGCC